UUUUAGGACCAAAUUGGCAGCUGCAUUAGCAAGAUGUCGCAUCAAACAUGAUGCUCCUUCAAUUGAAUACAUUCUACCAGAAGCCAUACGGAAGCAGGAACAAAGGGCUUCUGCUUUACCUUUAUGGGUUUGGAUAAACACACUUAAAACCAGCCUUCAAGAUGUCUUCAGAGAUUUGAAGAAGAAGGGAUUCACAAAAGUUGAAACUGUGUCAGACUUUGACCAUUAUACGUACUGUGUGGACCAACAUUGCCAUGAUGUAUUGGUUUUUCCUUCCUCUCUUAAAGAAGAACUGCUUAAUUUAGAUCUUUUUGCACAUUGCAAACUCUUACUGCAGGAUAAGUCUCGCAGUCUUGCUGUACACUCUGCACAGGCACUGUUGACUACGGGUGACGACAUUAUAGUGGCUCACGUGGGUUCUCAUCUAACCAUUGCCCAUAUGUCAGUGCUGACAAAUCACAGCAUGUCCAGAAUUUUUGUUUGUGGUGUGAAAUCUUCAGCAAAAGCAGCAGAACUGAGGAACUUGUUCAGUCACAUGGGAUGUAAAAAUAUUCAGUUAUUACAUGAAGACUUUACUGAGAUUGGACCAACAGACCUGAGACUUCAAAAGGCAAAAGUUAUUUUGCUGCUACCACAAUGUUCUGGGCUGGGUGUUGGCAAUCCAAUAGACUUUAUUUUAAAUGAACAUGGAGAUGCAGGAUUGCUAAGAGACCUUUUCCAAGGAUCUGUAUCUGAGGAUAAACUUAGAAUUCUUGCUGAGCGGCAGCUUAAAGAGUUGAUGCAUGCAAUGAAAUUUAACAAAGUACAAGCUAUUGUUUACUGCACUUGUUCAGUUUACCCAGAAGAAAAUGAACUAGUAGUGAAAAAAGCACUGGAAUCUGGAAUGGAAGGGAGGGAAGUACAACCAUACAG